AUGACUUUACACAAACAUCACAACCAACCACAAAGAAUAAAAUUACACACAAACAACUCUCCUCAAAUAAUACCCAACUUUCUACUACUACCAAAACAUCGCUGCUCAAAGAACACAACCUUUCACAACCGACCACAAACAACACAACGAUUCACAACCGACCACAAGCAACACAACCUUUCACAACCGACCGCAAACAACACAACCUUUCACAACCGACCACAAACAACACAACGAUUCACAACCGACCACAAACAACGCAACCUUUCACAACCGACCACAAACCACAACGAUUCACAACCAACCAGAAACAACACAACGAUUCACAACCGACCACAAACAACACAACCUUUCACAACCGACCACAAACAACACAACCUUUUACAACCGACUACAAACAACACAACGAUUCACAACCAACCACAAACAACACAACGAUUCACAACCGACCACAAACAACACAACGAUUCACAACCGACCACAAACAACGCAACCUUUCACAACCGACCACAAACAACACAACCUUUCACAACCGACCACAAACCACAACGAUUCACAACCGACCACAAACAACACAACCUUUCACAACCGACCACAAACAACACAACCUUUCACAACCGACCACAAACCACAACGAUUCACAACCGACCACAAACAACACAACCUUUCACAACCGACCACAAACAACACCUUUCACAACCGACCACAAACAACACAGCCUUUCACAACCGACCACAAACAACACAACCUUUCACAACCGACCACAAACCACAACGAUUCACAACCGACCACAAGCAACACAACGAUUCACAACCGACCACAAACAACACAACCUUUCACAACCGACCACAAACAACACAGCCUUUCACAACCGACCACAAACAACACAACCUUUCACAACCGACCACAAACCACAACGAUUCACAACCAAACAUUCACAGAACCAUCUCUGCCAACAACGCUCAUAGAAACAUCAUCUGCAGCAAAACCUCUGACGUCGAGGGCUGUUAG